AGCCAAAAUGGAGUCUGCAGACGGUGAAAUUGAAGCCCUAUGCAGUAUUUGGGAUGGAGUCCACGUGGAGUCCAAAUUAGAAGCUUCUCGGCGAUAUUUAAAGCAUAAAAUUAAAUCAUUGGAAGAUGAAUCCACGUCUGCAUCGGUUUUAAUUGAAAUGACCGUCUCUGAAGGGUACCCAGCGGUUUCGCCUACCGUAACCCUGUCGAAUCCACGUGGAAUCGGUGAACCGGAGUUUCGAGAGCUUCAGAGGCAAAUUCAAGAGAUUAUUGAGCAAAAUAGUGAUGAAAUGCCAAUUAUUUGCCAGAUUUUUCAGCACUGCUCCGACUUUUUAACGGAAAAUCAGCACCAAAAUAUGGAUUGUUCGAUUUGUCUGAUUUGCCUCGCUUCAUCUCCAAUUAUCGUCACCGCCUGCGACCAUUUUAUGCAUUUCGCGUGUUUUAAUCGAUAUUUGACGGAAUGUUUGACGGGGUUGAGACAAGAGAUUCAGGAUGCCCAGAAACAUAUGAAGGAGCAAGUGGAAACGAACAUCUUCUGCCCUGUUUGCCGUGCUCAACUCACCGAUUCCAACACAAUUCACAACUAUCGGGAAAAUGUUCAAUUAAUGAUUAAAAAUUGUAAAAAGAAUCAGAAAACGCUGAAAAAUAAGAAGCGGAGAUCAAGUACGACGACGGAAGACGUGCAAAAAACUAUAAAAAGAUGGCACGAAGAACAACGAAAAUUGUCGAAAAUCUACGAGAAACAGAAGGAAAAAGGUGGAAUUAUCGAUAUUGAAGAGGAGAAAAAACGCCGGCAAUUCUUCAUUGAAACCACCACAAAUGAGGAGACGGAUGAAGCUGAAAGUACAGAUAUUGCUGAAAAUAUUGAUUAAUUUUGAUGUUUUUUGCAUUUUUUUUGCUCUUUUUUUUGACGAUUUUCACCGGUUUUUCUGUAGUUUUUUCGCAUUUUUUUUUCUGAUUUUCAACAAGUUUUUUCUACAUAUUGUGUAGUAAGGUCGACAUAUUCUAAAUGCUUUAUUGUUUUUUUUUUUCUUGAAAAAUUCCGAAGAAAUGAAUGAAAAUUCAAAAUUCCUUAGAAAUU